AUGGCGUCUUCAUCACGCUCGGAGAAACGGUGCCUCUACGAAGUUCUCGGUAUCAGCAAGGAAUCAUCGCCGGACGAGAUACGAUCCUCUUAUCGGCGUUUAGCUUUGCAGCGUCAUCCCGACAAGCUCAUCAAGGCCGGUGGAAUAUCAGAAGCUGAUGCCACCGCCCAGUUCCAAGAGCUCGUUCACGCUUACGAAGUUUUAUCCGAUUCCAAGGAGCGAGCCUGGUAUGAUUCCCACCGUUCUCAGAUUCUAUUCGCCUACGCCGGUGGCUCAAAACCUGGUGGAAUGCCUGGAGGCUCUGUUCCGGAUCUAUUCUCUUUCUUCUCCACCACUGUAUAUACCAAUUACUCAGACACUGGAAAAGGAUUCUACAAGGUGUACUUUGAUGUGCUCAACAGUAUUUACUUGAACGAGGUUAACUUCGCGAGGACGUUAGGGUUGAGGAUGGACUCUCUGAGAGAGGCUCCUGUCAUGGGGAAUCUAGAGAGUCCUUAUACUCAGGUGACGGCGUUUUAUAACUACUGGUUAGGGUUUAGCACUGUUAUGGAUUUCUGCUGGGUUGAGGAGUACGAUGUGAUGGCUGGACCUAACCGGAGGAUGAGGAGGAAAAUGGAGGAGGAGAAUAAGAAGGUGAGGAAGAAGGCGAAGAAAGAGUAUAACGAGACUGUGAGAGGCUUGGCUGCUUUUGUGAAGAAGAGGGAUAAGAGAGUGAUUGAUAUGAUGGUGAAGAAGAGUGCAGAGAUGGAGGUGAAGAAGGCGGAGGAAAGGGAGAGAAAGAAGAAGAUGGAUAAGGAGAGAUUGGAGAGAGCUAUGAAUUACGAGGAGCCUGAUUGGGCGAAGGCUUAG